AUGGGGGGCUAUGAACAUUCUGUUGCAGAGGAGGUUGAAGCUCCGGUGGUAUUGGAUGAUGGCAAAGAGGUUUAUGUGGAUUUUGACUUGUCGCAGUAUAUAGGAGGUGGGGUUGUAGAGCCUACACUGGGUAUGGAGUUUACUUCUGAAGAUGAUGCUAGGAAUUUUUAUAAUGCAUAUGCUAAACAAACGGGAUUUAGUAUUCGUGUGAACUCAUACUAUCGUUCAAAAAAGGACAAUUCGAUUAUAUCUCGAGAGUUUUGUUGUUCAAAAGAAGGCUUUCGCCGGGAGAGACAUGCAAAGAAAGAUUCAGGCGAGGAUGCAAAAAGGAGGCGUGCUAGGGCACUCACUAGGGAAGGUUGCAAGGCGCUGAUGACUGUGAGGAGACGUGACUGUGGAAGAUGGUAUGUGGCAAAACUAGAGAAGAACCAUAAUCAUGAGUUGGUGACUCCUGCGAUGCGGCAUUUUCUUAGGUCACAUAAGCAAGACUUUGCUCCUGAAAAAAGUUGUAGCAACUCCUUCAGUUCUCCUGGACUGUCUUUGGAUGCUCCCGUGGAUGUCUUGACUGAUUGUAGCAGUUUUGGCAAAAUGGAGUUUGCUGUACAGAGUAAUGUCAAUUAUAUUGGAAGAGGCCGGUUGAGCACUUUUGGCAUUGAUGCCCAAAGUUUGCUUGGGUUUUUUAAGAUUAUGCAAGCCAGUGAUCCUGCAUUUUAUUAUGCAAUACAGGUUGAUGAAGAAGAGAGGCUGAGUAGUGUCUUUUGGGUUGACACAAGAUCAAGAAUCGCUUACAACUGUUUCUCUGAUGUUGUAGCCUUUGAUACUACUUAUCAAGUGAAUCAGUACAAAAUGCCAUUUGCAACUUUUACUGGAGUAAAUCAUCACAAACAUUCAGUUCUCUUUGGCUGUGCAUUGCUUGCAGAUGAGACCGAAUCCACCUUCAGUUGGCUCUUCACAACUUGGCUUGAGGCAAUGUCUGGACGACAACCAGGUUUAAUCAUAACUGAUUAUGAUCCUGCCAUAAGUAGAGCAGUGCAACAAGUUUUUCCUCAAUCAAGUCAUCGAUAUUGCAAGUGGCAUAUCAUAAGCAAGAUGCCGAAGGAAUUGGGACAUGUAUAUAGUGUAACCCCAAGGACUUUUCAAGUUGAAUUUGAUAGAUGCAUUAACAAGAGUGAGACGCCUGAUGCAUUUGAAUCAACUUGGCAGAUGCUCCUUGAUAAGAACAAUCUUAGAGGGAAUAAUUGGCUUCAAUCACUUUAUAUUGAUCGCAAAUUGUGGGUCCCAGUAUACAUGAGAGAUACAUUCUUUGCAGGGAUGUAUGCUGCCCAGCGGAGUGGAAGUGUGAACUCACUUUUUGAUGGCUAUGUGAAUUCGGGAACUACCUUACAAGAUUUUGCGGAGCAAUAUGAGAAGGCUUUAGAUGAAAGAUAUGAGAAAGAAGCAAGGGCAGAGUUUGAAACAUUUUAUACUAAACCAGUUCUAAAAACACCACUUCCUGUGGAAAAGCAAGGAGCAGAUAUCUACACAAGAAAUAUGUUCACCAUAUUUCAGGAUGAGGUUUUUGAAUCUCUUUUGUUUGCUGUGAAAUUAAGUGCAGAGGAUGGAGGAACCAGCACUUAUGAGGUAUCCAGAUUUGAUGAAGAACAUAAAACGUAUUUCGUGGCUUUUAAUAUAGCAGAACAACUAGCUAGUUGUAGUUGCAAGAUGUUUGAAUUUGAAGGGAUCCUUUGCAGACACGUGCUUGCAGUGUUUAAAGCAACUAAUGUCUUUACACUCCCACAGUGUUAUAUCUUAAAAAGAUGGACAAGAAAUGCCAAGGAAGAGGUUAUGUUGGAUUUACUUCCCUGUGUCGAAUUACAGGCCAAUUCUCAGAAAGGCAGGAACUUGCAAUACAACAUUCUCUACCAGGAAGCCAUUAAAUGUGCAGAGGAAGGGAUGGCAUCUGACCAAAUUUUUAAGGUGGCAUUGAGCGCCCUAAGAGAAGCUAGAGUUAAAAUUGUUGGUGCAAAAAGAAAUGCCAUGAAAUCAAUGCCCCAAAACUAG